AGAAUUUCAUUAUGGGAGCCUGCUUUUCAGGAAAAUAUUCAAAGGAUUACACUGAACAAGGAACAAUUGAACUGAGAAAAGAUUACCAGGAGAGUGAGGGUGGAAAUGAGAAACCUAAGGUUAAAUAAGAGCAGUACUGAGUUUUACAGCCAACUAGAUGAUACAGUCUUCUCCGAAGAUCUAUGAAGAGAAAUAGAUCUGUACACACAAGAGCAAGAGAAAAGAACCUUUAAGGGUGAGAAUAUGACCUUUCAGAAUGAGAUUCCUAAGUUGGCCAUGCAUAUUGAGGGGUUUUAUGAAGUAACAUGGAGAAGGAUUGAGACAGUGAAAAUGAAUGCUCCGAGUGGCUGGAAAAGUAUUUUUAACUUAGUGAACGAGAAAAUUGAGAAAGAGAAUGAGUUUUUGCACGAGCUUUUGAAAAGACAGAAAACUUUGAGUAAUCCAAAGAAAAUGAUGACUCAUUAUUUUAACUUCAUUGGCUGCACUCUCGAUAGGAUAACCACUGCACUAAACUUAAAGCACAAGACAAAGCAUCGCAGGACCUUCAAGAACAGACUUCGGAGCUAUUUCCUCAAAAGGGUCGAAAUCAUUCUCAAAUAGCAGCAAAAAAAAGCCGAAGACUCAGAAAGAAUUGGUGAAAAUUAUAGCUGAUGAGGUUAGACAAGGGAGGUGCGACCAAGGCCUUCUUGACGAGAUUGAUAGGAUUAGAAUGAAUGAGGAAGAAAAGGAGGGAAGGGGUAUGACGGAUUCGGAUCAACAAGAGUCGAGAGUUAUUAUAAAUUCAUCCGAAACUUCGUUAAAGUCACAGUUUUCUUCGCUUAGUUUUUCUAAUAAUAUUUCUUCUGGAAGAAAAUAUAAAGAAAGGAUCAUGAAAAAGAGCACAGGAGGAAAGAGUACGGUACUGGAAAGUAUUUUUGAAGAUAAAGAUUAA